UCAAACGGUGCCUGCUUCCGGAGACGCAAUAGGAACGGCAAAUUGCGAUGCCGCUUUCAGGCAUUGUUUAGGACACGCCCGUGGGGCCUGAAGGGGCUUUGCGUGGCAACGCGAGCAGUUGAAAGUUCAACAGCAAGUUUGGAAGAUGCCGCCCAAAGGAAAAAGUGGUUCUGGAAAAGGGGGAAAAGGGGGAGCAGCCUCUGGGAGCGACAGUUCUGACAAGAAGCCUCAGGGUCCCAAAGGUGGUGGCAAUGCAGUAAAGGUCAGACACAUUCUUUGUGAAAAACACGGCAAAAUCAUGGAAGCCAUGGAAAAGUUAAAGUCUGGAAUGAGAUUCAGUGAAGUGGCUGCACAAUAUAGUGAAGAUAAAGCCAGGCAAGGGGGCGACUUGGGUUGGAUGACCAGAGGGUCCAUGGUGGGACCUUUUCAAGAAGCAGCAUUUGCCUUGCCUGUCAGUGGGAUGGAUAAGCCUGUGUUUACAGAUCCACCGGUGAAGACAAAGUUUGGGUAUCAUAUUAUUAUGGUUGAAGGGAGAAAAUAAAUCAUAUGAAAGACUGAA